UGUUUCUUCUGAUGCCGUCUUGUGUGUCUCACUGGAGGUCUGGGAAAUACGUGAAACCUGAUGCACACACACACACGCGCACUGAUCUGUGCGCCCUGUCUGUGUGUAUACGUAUGCUCUCCUUCCUUUAUCGCUCACGUGAGUUCGUCUUCUCAGGGACAACCGCACCUGCAAGCACACAUCACACAUACGCACACACGCACGCAAAAACAUUCGCGUCAUGCUGACCUCCUGGUACUUGAGAUGCCGCUGGCGACGCUUGACCGCAUGUACAUGCCCGUGUGCAUUUCGCACAGCACCUGAAGACCGCCUGACUUCGAAAAAGAUGGGCCUGUUCUCACUCACACCCUUGUCGCGGUCGAACGCAUCCUUCAGGAGUAUGUUGUCAUCGUUGCCCUUCUGUUUUCUGCAGAACAGAAGCCAUUAAUGAUGGGCAUGAUAUGUCCUCCUCCCUCCCUGCCGCCCUCGCUUCCAUCCAUCCACCCACCCAUCCAUGGCCCCAUGUACACUCGUGCUCUCCCCCUCACUGGGCAGCGGGUGGGCUGGACGCCUCAGCCACCCGGCACCUCAGCAGCUCGAGCAUAUCCUCGUGCGUGAGCUGGGGCACCGGGUUGCCGUUCUUGUCCUUGGCGACGAUCUCCUGCCCAACGAGGGGCGCCACCACCUUGACGUAGGCGACUUUGGCACGCCCCGGACCUGUUGGCCGUCCUCAUGCGUCUCGGUGAGGGGUUUUAGGAGGGCGCGAACGGCCCAACCUGACAUGACAACUGCUUCGAGUUGAGACAUAGCCUACAUUCAUUCAGAAGACACAAAUGACCUCCUCAAAUGACAAGUGCUCACAUUCGCUUGAGCAGCAUGCGGUACAUCAAAGAAUGUGCGUUCUGGACGCACACAUACGGGAGAGAGAAAUUUUCCCUUGUGUGUGUGCGUCUGUGUACUUGAUGUGUCUCACUUUGGGGUUUCGAAUCCCGAGUCUUGUUCUCCACUCUCAGCAUCAAACGGUCGUUGCCCAACACCAGAGAAGCUACGCACACCAUCACAGGACAAAGCGAAAUGGUGCAAUGAGCACGCCUCUUGUCAAUUCGCUCAUUACCGAUCGAUCGUGGCAUGGCUUUUGUCGGUGUUUG